UUCCCAAACCCUAGUCACGGACUCCCGGCGAGCCCGCAGCGACGGCUGUCGAUCGCCUCAGGGUACCGAUCCACGAGCCCUGAGUAUGCGAUGACGUCAGGAGGAGGAGGCGAGCAUGGCUGCACGGAGCAGGGCCACCUGCCGGCGACCGACCGCCGUGGCCGCGACGAAGACGCCUCUCCCCAUUCCGCGCCGCCACUCCCCUUCCCCGAAGCAGCGCUCGAGAUGAAGAAGAAGCAGAAGCUGGUGCAGCAGCCCUCGCCGGAGAUCCCCGACAAUGCCGUCGUCGAGAUCCUGUCGCGGGUGCCCUACCGGUCGCUCUGCCGCUUCAAGUGCGUGUCCAAGCCGUGGCUCGCCCUCUGCUCCGACCCGGACAUCCGCAGGAGGAGCGGCUGCGGCCUCAGCUUCCGCAAUCUGUCCGGGAGAGGGCCCCCUCUGGUCGAUCCUUCGCUCCCGUUCCUGCGAGGGCGCUACGAGCGCGUCGAGAUCCAGCAGUGCUGCGGCGGCCUCCUCCUCUGCAGAUGCUGGGACUCGUAUAAAGGGCGGAACAAGAAGAAAUUCGGGUACGCUGUGUGCAAUCCUGCCACCGGGGAGUGGACUGUGCUGACCCUCAUUGUUUUGCCGGACCCGGUGGACGGCGUUCCUGUGAUCUACGAUGUGAACGAUCUCUUCCUGGGGUUUGACGCCGCUGUUCCGUCCCGCUUCGUGGUGUUUGCGCCCCUGAGCAAUUCCUUAGGCGAGUUCGCGCAGGUGGCCAUCUUCUCAUCGGAGACUAGGCGCUGGACUUCGGUGGAGAGUGAGUGGCCUUACAAAACCGUUCUUCUUGGUGGUACAGCUUGUGCCUACCUGAAUGGCACUAUGCAUCUGACUACCCAUCAUGGUACAAUAGUCACUGUCGACGCGGAGGGGAAGACUUGGAGGGAAAUUGAGGAUGUCAUGGAGGACAACCGUGAGGUUGUUUCCAUUGGGCAUUCCCAGGGCAGCUUGCAUGCUUGGCUGAUAGAUAAUGAUAAGGAUCCCGAACUCUGUGUUUGGGUUCUUGAGGAUUAUGCUAGUGGAAAGUGGACCCUGAAGCACACUGUUGAGAUAUCGGAACUUUUCGGGAGGCAGCCGGACAAAGAUGAAGCGUGCUAUAGCAUGCUUGCGAUCCAUCCAGAUUAUAAUUUGGUUUACCUCACCGACAACAAGAAGAUGACAGUGUCGUAUGAUAUGGAUACUCGGAAAGUUGAUGUUAUCUGCACUUCUGGAGAAUUACUGGUUGGUGCACCUUAUGUUCCUUGUUUUGUGGAAAUGUUGGCAGGGAGUCGCUGCUGCUUUAAUGUACUUGGAGUGGAAGCACUUCACAAAUACCAGUUGUUGGGUAUGAGCUUAAGUGUCUUGUUUUGUGGACUGGCUUGGAUAUAUAUGUCUCAGGCUCUCAGCUCCUAUGUCUACUUCAGUUUGUUGUUCCUAUCUGUUUGUGUUCAGAUGUGUGCCAUUUGUGGCUUUGAACAUCACUUAAUGUCUGAGGAACCCUCUGAUGGGUCAUUAUCGAGGUCACUUUGUUAGCCCCUCAUGUGGGCUAAAUUUGACACUUUAUCUAUCUGGAUCUCAUCUCAAUUGUCUUUAAUAUGCAACUUGUUAUCCAUUGUUUUUAAGUAAUUAUUAAAGUCGUGACAUUUCUUCCACAUCUGGAAGCAUCAUCA